CGGCUCCCUUUCCUGCCUCGCGCCUAGCUGCUCUGAACGCAGCUUUUCCUCCUGCUUUUGCCACAGCGUCUCCCUGCGCAGAACCAGGGGUGCCUUUCCCAUAGGAAUUUGUCCUCUGGCAGCCGUGACGGGGUCAGACACAACCUGGAGCUGAGCCCCCUCCCCACGUACCCAGGCAUCCUUGUGGGCAGCGGCAGCCCUGGCACAGAGGCAAGUUCUCUGGGCGGUAAAGGGGCAACAUUUUCUUCCAAACUGCCCAUAGAAUUUUAGUCAAAAUAGCUUAAACUGGCAAGUUCUGCUUUUUCCCACACCUCCCUGGCAGGACUCGAGGCUGUUUCAGUUCAGUGGAGUAGCUGCAAGUCUGGAAGAGGUUCAUGAAGUUAAUUUUUCACUGGCAGCCUGUGCAUGUUGCAGUGUUACAGGAGGGUUUAGGAGGCCAAGCGAGGGUCAGGAUUAUCCUCUGCGAGGUGCUGCCUUGAGCCAGGGUGGGUUUUUUGUUUUUUUUUUUGACACGAGGCCUCUUGAACCAGGUGAGGUGGGAAAAGAGCAUUCAAGAGGGAAGCUGAGCAGCAAACAGCCUGUUUUCAUUUGCAUCUGUGCCCCUCAGCUUCAGGCAGGCAUGAGUUACAGACCCAUCUACGCCAUCUUGAUGAGGAAAUUACAGAGAUUUUUAAGAUAAACAGUCCCGUCCCCUCCUCCUCCUCCUUUUUCCAAACUUUGAAGAGCUUUUCCUGUCUGAGCCAUCCCUGAAAUGACUGCACUUGCCAGGAGUUAAGGCGUAAAUCAGUGCUGGAGCCGGACAGGAGUUGGCCUGUUUUCUUCAGAACUUGUCUCAGCAAGAGCAGAUGGUCUGUCGCUGGUACGGCAUGGGGAACUCCAGGGGUUCUUAAAUCUCCCUUCAGCGUCCUUCCUAUUACUACUUUUGGUUGUUUUGCGCAGCAGGGACCUGGAGUUUGGCUGCAUCAUGGCAACAGUCGUCACCGAAAAGCUUAGCCGCCUCUUUAUUAACGUGCGGCAGGUCCCUCAGCUGCUGGCCCCUCUCUCUCCCUCCACCGUCAGCAGUUCGGAGGUGCCAAAGAUCUUCUGGAAGCCCUACAUCCACACUGGCUACCGGCCGGUGCAGCAGACCUGGCGCUAUUACUUCUCGACACUCUUCCAGCAGCACAACGAGGCCAUCAACGUCUGGACGCAUCUGGUUGCAGCGCUGAUCCUGCUGCUGCGGUUCCAGCAGCUCUCCCAACGGGUGGAUUUUGGGCAGGACCUGCACGCCCAACCCCUCCUCAUCAUCAUCGUGGCAUCUAUCACCUACCUGACGUUCAGCACCCUCGCUCACCUUCUGCAGGCCAAAUCUGAGUUCUGGCACUACAGCUUCUUCUUCAUGGACUACGUGGGGGUUGCCGUUUACCAGUACGGCAGCGCUCUGGGGCACUACUACUACGCCAUCGAGCCAAGCUGGCAUGAGAAGAUCAAGGGGUUUUAUAUGCCGGCGGCUGUCCUGUUAGCGUGGCUGUCCUGCGCUGGUUCCUGCUACGCCAAGUACCGGUACCACCAAUCCGCUCACCUUCUGAGCCGGCUCUGCCAGGAGCUGCCCUCCGGCCUGGCGUACAUGCUGGACAUCAGCCCUGUGAUCCACCGCAUCUACACCGCGUCGCCCUCUGAGCGGGCUGACCCGGCCCUUCUGUAUCACAAAUGUCAAGUGCUGUUUUUCCUCAUUGGAGCCUUUUUUUUCUCACACCCUUACCCUGAGAAGUGGUUUCCUGGGAAAUGUCACUUCUUCGGGCAGAGCCAUCAGAUUUUUCACGUGUGCCUGGUACUCUGCACGCUGGCGCAGAUCGAGGCGGUGGUGUUGGACUAUGAGUCCAGGCGACAGAUCUAUUCCGCUCUUCAGGGUGAUUUGGCACACAACUUCUCUGCCCUGUGCCUCUUCACUGUGACCUGCUCUGUCCUCACAGCUGCUUACAUGGCCCGGAAGGUGAAGAACAAGCUGAGCUUCAAAGAAGAGUAAGAGCCCUGAAGGAGAAGCAGGUGAGCUCCCCCAAACAGCUGGUCUGCAGCCAGCUGUGGUGAUGCUGCCGUGAAUCCGGCCACCAAGUUCAAGGAGAAGAGGAACGAAACGCUUUGCAAACUGUUACUUGGCAGUGCUCUCUCCAGGGAGAGAAAGAGCGAGCUGCUUUUUUAAUGCCUUUUUUUAAAUUCAGAAUUAGUUCCAGCUUGCUUAAUGGUACACUGGCUUAAUUCAUGUGUCUGAAUAAACAGUUGGAACAAAA